AUGGGUCUCCAAUUCCUUGCGCCAGGGGAAAAGGUCUUUCCAAGCUUGCAUCGCAUCAUCAUCUCCACCUUCGCUUUAAUUGCAGCCUACAUCUUCAUCGUCCGCCCCUUGCGAAACAUCCUAUUUCAUCCGCUCAAAAAGUACCCUGGCCCCAAGCUCUUCGGUGCAUCCUCCAUUCCGUAUGGCUUUUACUACAUGACGGGAAAAUGGCACCUCAAGAUCCGCAAUCUACAUGCCACCUACGGCCCCAUAGUGCGCAUAGGCCCCGAUGAGCUCUCAUAUGCAUGCCCAGAAGCCUGGGAAGACAUUUAUGGGCGCUAUGUCCCUACUAAACGCAGAGAGAAUCCGAAACCGGUAUGGUACUGCAGUCCAGAUGCGCACGACAUGGUCGGUGCUAGUCUAGGAGACCACGGUCGUAUGCGUCGCGUCAUGGCACCGGGUUUUACGUACAGCGCCAUGUGCAAGCAAGAGCCGCUCAUCAAGGGCCAUGUGGACAUGUUUCUGUCCAAGUUGUGCAGUUUGUGCGGAGAUGGACGGGCGGAAGUGAACAUUCUAGACUGGCUCACUUACUGCACAUUCGAUCUGAUUGGUGACCUGUCGUUCGGAGAGCCGUUUGGCUGCAUGGAAAAUAACAUGCUGCACCCAUGGCUACAGCUGGUUUUCGCAAACAUCUACAUUACGCACAUCAUUCUGCUGUGCCAGCGCAUCCCAUUCUUCUAUCUAUUUUUGCCGAUCAAGACGACAUACCAAUUGUGGCGCGAUUUCAGAAGGCAUGUCGUCCUUUUGCGAGAGGUUGUGGAGCGUCGACUGUCGCUAUCCACACCGAGGGACGAUUUUUUGGAUGUCAUGACGACUAAGCAGACCAGUACUCUGUACAUGACCAAGGAAGAAAUCUUUAAAAAUGCGAUUCUGUUGACGGGCGGUGGCGCGGAGACGACGAGUAGUAGUUUGUCAGGAAUGAUGUACAUGCUAACGAUGAGACCGGACGUCAAGGAGAAGAUCUUAGAAGAGUUGCGCGACACUUUUCCAAGCGAAGAUGACAUCAACAUGAGAAGUGUCGCGCAGCUGACAUACACAGGAGCAUUCAUCGAGGAAUCGAUGAGGUAUUAUCCUCCGGGUCCAAACACAAUGUGGCGUAUAACACCGCCUGCUGGAAACACGAUCUUGGGCGAUUACAUUCCUGGAAAUACUAUAGUCGGCAUCCCGCACCGGGUCCUCUACCGCAGCGAAGCUUAUUGGAAGGAUGCUGACGGAUUCCGCCCCGAACGUUGGCUUCCUGAUAGCCAGCGCCCAGCCGAGUUUGAUGAGGAUAAAAGAGAAGGCUUUCAUCCUUUUUCUUACGGUCCUCGUGCUUGCAUCGCGAUGAAUCUAGCUUACGCAGAAAUGCGGUAUAUCCUGGCAAGGUUCUUGUGGCAUUUUGACAUCGAGGCUACCAAGGAGAGCAAGAAGUGGAUGGAUGAUCAAAAAGCGUAUUUGGUUUGGGAUAAACCAGGUUUGUUCGUGCAUCUGAAACCAAGGGCUGGGGUCAAGGUUGCUGCAUAG